AUGGCAAUUCUUUCCUUUUACAGAUGCCAGAUUCUUGUCAACAACGAAGCUGUUCUAGAAUACGAAGAUGAUACUGAAGCCACCCCAGAUGGGCCUAUUCCCACAGCUGUGAAGUACGUCGAGGCCAUCUCCGGUGCCAACUUCAGUAUCAAAUUCAGUCUUUUUCCGCAGUCGAAAUUCGAGGGCGAAUUGGCCAUGCAGGUCUACUUGGAUGGCACUAUGACUACCAGCGUGGUAAUCCGGUGUGGGGGGUCAUCUUUCGACAAUAAUUGCUGGAAGGAAGAUGGCGCGAUCGUGGGCAGAGACAACGAGUGGUACCUCAAGAAGUUCAAAUUCGCCGAUAUAGUGACUGGUGAUACGGAGAAUCAUUUUACGCCUAAGGAGAUGAAUGCUAAGUAUUCGAGCCUCGGGCUUAUUCGAGUAGAAUUCUGGCGGUUCGAUACCGAAUACACAAAAUCCUUAGAAGAAUCUGCACGUACGAUUCAGAAUCCACAACUUGGGACCGUUCCAGAGAAAGCACUGAAGGGCAAAGCUCUAUCUCUCUCUGCGAGUUUCGGUGAUACUAUUCCGUCACGAGGCAGACCGGAGUGUAGAGGCACAUACCUCGAUUCAAUACCCGUAGCUGCAUUUGAUUUCAAGUAUCGAUCCAGAACUGCCCUCCAACAGCUCAUGAUUAUCCCACGUUCUCCCAGCCCCGUACCUUUGGAGCAGAAGUCCAUCGACGACUUGACCGCUGAGGAAGCGAGAGAGCUUGUGCGUCGUCAAAAUGUACGAAUCGAAACCGCGGAGGCAAAGCUGAAGUCCGAAAGCAAGUCGAAGCUCAAGAGGGAGCGAAGCUCGACCACAAACGGUACCAAACGUGCAAAGGUAGUGAGGACAGCAGAUGGCAAGGAGUACAUCGACCUUGCGAGCGACUCCGAAGAUGGUAGUGCGGCGGCUGAGCAUAACGGGUCUGACAGAGGUGUCACAAAGACGGAUUCCAAGAUUGAGGUCCUGGAUCUGAUUGACUGA